CAACGACGAGCAGCUAACAUAAGGGAGCGCAAACGAAUGUCCCAUCUUAAUGAGGCCUUCGAUGGUCUCAGGAAAAAAGUGCCAACAUUCGCUUACGAGAAAAAGUUGUCAAGAAUAGAAACGCUAAAAUUGGCGGUGACUUACAUUAAGUUCAUGUCCGACUUGAUUAAG